AUGCUUACACCAGUGGAGCCUCCCUACUACCUGACUCCCAGCCAGGGUUCGUACCAGGCGCCGGGCCCUCAGUCAUCACACCAGGACGCCCCGAGCCAAUCUGUCUUUCCCAAGCCCAUCUACUCAUACAGCAUCCUGAUCUUCAUGGCUCUGAAGAACAGCAAAACAGGGAGCCUUCCUGUCAGUGAGAUCUACAACUUCAUGACUGAACACUUUCCCUAUUUUAAGACAGCUCCGGACGGUUGGAAGAAUUCGGUGCGUCACAACCUCUCUCUGAACAAGUUUGAGAAGGUGGAGAACAAGAAUGGGAACUCCUCCCGCAAGGGCUGCCUCUGGGCCCUCAACCCGGCCAAGGUGGACAAGAUGCACGAGGAGCUCCAAAAGUGGCGUCGCAAAGACCCCGUCACCGUCCGCAAGAGCAUGGCCAGGCCAGAAGACCUGGACCGUCUCCUGAGGGAGAAGCCGGAGAAGAUCUCACAGCGCCAGCCCUCCCUAGCCAAACGCUCCCCGCUCUACGACCGGACGAGCAUGUCCCUCCACCCUGCCGAUCUCCGGGAACCCUGCGCCGCGACGGCCCACUACCCCCACCUCCUGGCCCCUCCCCAGCAAUGUGUCUAUCUUACCAACCCCACCCCCCCACACCCCGCGGCCCCCCGCUUAAACCCUUUACCCCCCCUGCCGACAGCAGCCCUUCUCCGGCCCCGCGGGGGCCUGUGGGGGCCCGAGCUCCGGAAGACCCUGCCCCUCUACCACGCCUCGGCACACACUGGACUACGCCAUCGUCCCCGGGAGUGUGCAGGACUGGCUCUUCGAGGGGACGGCAGCUACGACGUGGACACGCUCAACCCCCAGUCUGACGGACCUGCAGCUCCAAGCACCACAUCCUAUAUCCCCAUGACGUAUUCAGGGGUGGAGAGCUUGGCGGGUUAUUUGACUUCAUGCCCAACUCCUAUUACCUUAAUAUAGAAAAUAGGAGAUGUGGUAGGGAGGACUUAGAUGCACCCGCAUUACUGAAAAAAUAGAUUAAACAUAGACGAUGCUGCUGGCACUCCAUUCAGCACUUUUUCGAUAACCAACUCCUCUUAGCAUUAUCUCAACAAUGUAAAUCCAAUGUCAAUUCUGUCAUUUCUGUUUCUCUGUUUUCAUUGUAAGAAAGCCAAUUUAAUCUUUGCAAUGCUAUGUGGGUUAAGUCAAGUCAAAUAUAUUUGUGUACCUGUUGAUCAAAUCAGUUUGAUGAACAACAAAUCUUCAAUUGUUUUAUACUUUUGGGGGGCAUUUCUUAUCCAACCCACUUUACUGUAACACCUCAAUAACCUCUUAAGAAUUUUACUAAAUGU